UGGAAGCCAGGCAGGCCGUGACCUUGACCACCAAGUAUAACUGGAGGACUCUGUCGCGUAGAUCAGAGUUGCUCCUGCACUAGCAAUAUGGCCGCUGCCCUCAGGACCCCACUGCUGCUGCUGCUCGUAGCUGCUUUGGCCCGUGCAGCGCCCAGAUUCAAGGCGUGCAAGAGGAGCCUGCCGGCCGCCAAGCUGAACGAGUGUGUCCGAGACUCGCUGCAGAAAGCUGUUCCGGAACUUGUUAAAGGUAUUCCCCAAUUUGGUUUGAAUUCUAUCGAUCCGCUAAGGGUGGAUUCCCUAGAGGUUCCCAAGGGCAGUAAUACUGCAGUCAGCGUGGAAAUUUCCUUCAAGAACCUGGAUAUUCUGGGCCUGAAGAACGCCAAGAUCAAGAGCGUCGAUAUGGAUGUGGAGGGAUAUAAGAUGAAGUCCAAGAUCGAGAUCGAUGGCCCGAUAAUGCUGCAGGGCGACUACACAAUUAACGGCAAGGUACUUGUCCUACCCAUCCAAGGGACGGGUCGCUGCAACAUCACUCUAGUGAACCCUAAAGGAGAGAUCACGGAACUCAUAGCCAAACCGUUGACCAAGGAUGGCAAGGACUUUGCUCAGGUGACUUCUCUCAAGUUUGUAGUCAACGAAGCUGACAGAGUCUAUUACGACCUGCAGAACCUCUUCAAUGGUAACAAAGAACUAGGUGAAAAUAUGAAUCUUGUGCUGAAUGACAAUUGGAAACAAAUCUUGGAUGACAUGAGAGGGCCUGUACAGACCGCCUUGGGAGCAGCAUUCCGGCAGAUUGCUGACAACGUCGUACAUAAAGUACCUUACACCACGAUCUUCCCGUAAAUGUACAUCACUCCAUACUUUAACUGUACAUUGUAAAAAUCACGUUGCGUAAUAAGACCUGAAAUAAUUGUAGUUUUAAGAAAAGUACAAAUAAAACUUACUGUUAUCAAAUUCUUUAAUCAA